CGGGAGUGUGUCCCAGGAGUGCGGGAUUCCGCAGCCCCUGCAGUGGGAAGGUGCGCGUCCCAGGGGUGCGGGAUUCCGCAGCCCCUGCAGUGGGAAGGUGCGCGUCCCAGGGGUGCGGGAUUAGGCAUUCCCUGCAGUGGGGAGGUGCGCGUCCCAGGGGUGCGGGAUUAGGCAUUCCCUGCCGUGGGAAGGUGCGUGUCCCGGGGGUGCGGGAUUCCGCAGCCCCCGCAGUGGGAGGGUGCGCACGGGCGGUGUCCGGGGGGUGCAGGCGUGGGUUUUCCCGGGCUGUGAGGGAUGCGGAAGGGAGGGAGUACCAGCGCAGCCCCUGCACGUGGGUAGCAGGGGAGUGUCCUUAAGGUGUGGCAGGGGAGGUUUAGAUUUGAUGUUAGUAAAAUGGUCUUCAUGCAGGCGGUGGUUGGGCGCUGGAACGUGCUCCCCAGGGAAGUGGUCAGGGCACCAAGCCUGACAGAGUUCAAGGAGUGUUUGGACAACGCUCUCGGGCACAUGGUGUGACUCUUGGGGAUGGGCCUGAGCGGGGCUAAGGGUUGGACUCAGUGAUCCUUGUGGGUCCCUUCCAGCUCAGAAUAUUCUAUGAUUCUAAGCAUAUUGAUAUGCUGGAGAGGCACAGGGGGUUGAUCCCUCACACUAGGAAGGGACCCAGUGAAGAGGUCAAUCCCAUCCGUGAGGGAAAAUGGUGGGAAGGGUUUCUUGCCCUAGCACGCACACAGGGUGAUAAGUGCUUUCCCACCCACACAGAGGUGUUAGAGGGUGUCUGAAGGGUGUGUAGUCACCUGCACUGGGAUGCAGGAGCAGGCCUGGAGUGUGUGUGCAGGCAGGCAGUGUAGAACUGAUGGCUCCAUGGGUAAAGAAGGGUGGCGGGAACACACCUACUGGUGCAUGGAGUUUGGGGCAGGAUAUCCUGCGUGCUUGCCACACAGCAAAGCGAGUGGGAAGAUGAAAUGACCCCAAACGCACAGGCAUAUGCAGAGUGUAGAGACUGUGGGAGUGUUGCAGGCUCUUUGAUUUUGAAAAACAUCACUUCAGAGGUGCAGAUGUAGAAUAUACACUAGUGUGAUUUUUUUAUGAAACACUGAUGGAGACAUAUCUAGUGCACCUCAGACCACUAACAGAAACAGUAGCUUCCUUGGUCGCUUCAAAGGCUGGCCCAGAAUUUCCCAGUCUCAGAAAGUCCUCGAACCUCCAAUAGUCUAAAAGCCUUAGGAUGGAAUAUGGAAGAGCAGUAAACCAAAGGUGUAGAGAUUAAUUAUUUCAAGUAGUCCUUCAUGGAGCACUGUUUUAUUUCUUUUCCUUUCUGCUAAAGAUUGUUAGUCCCUGCAAGGUGGAAGAGGUAGAUCUUGGAAAAGGAAGAUCCCCAGGCUAGAGAAUGCUGUGUAGAUAAACUCAGUAUAUCAUCAAACACCUGGAAACUCAGAGGCAGCUGUAGUGAUUAAUUAUUUCAAGUAAUUUUGGUGAACAGUUCUGAAAAUAGAUGAUUUGCCUGCAGAAGCUGUUAAUAAAUUCUAAAAUAUAGUGGCAACAAAAUUAUGUAGCUAGGACAUUACAGCUCUGCUUGAAGGAAUUUACUGUUAGUGGCUGAAGGGACUUUGCCAUUACUUGUUGGCAGUGAAUGCUAUCUGAAAAUACAGAAUUAUUUUUGCUUUGGGUUCAGGAUAGGUCAGAGCCAGCAUAGAAUUAUAUGUGUUAUUGAACUGUGAUGUAGCCAUACAUCGCAUGUUCCUUUAGAAAACGUCCAGCUUAACCUGAAAAGCAGUAGACUAGUUUAAUUAGUGGUAAAUUUCCACAUAGAGUUACCACUUAUAUUGCAUUAUUACCUCUCUUUUGCUAGGAUAAAUAUUGUGGUUCUUCAGGUGUUUAAAAUGAACAGCAAUAGAAAAACUGCACCAAGGGCAGUGCAUGGCUUACUUGGCAGCUUUUUGAAACUAUUGUGGUACAGAGUUAUAAGGCUGUACUAAAAAUAAUUCUGCUUUGGGGCGUACUGAAACUGUAAUUUAGCAGAAGUUGAAAUGCACAAAUACCAGGAAUUGCUUUUGAUUCUAGUCAAUUCAUAUGUAUUUGAAGUGUCUCCACAUCUACCUCCAAAAUUAUUUCAAGAGACCGUUACUGCAGCCAGUACCAGCUGUAGUUGAACGUGAUCUGCGUGGUUGGAAAGAUAUGUGGUCUAGUGAUUCAGUUCUGUUGGAUGUCUAGGUAUGAUGCAACGUGAGAUAUACUUUUUUUUACAACUUAACAGACUCACUGUUUUAGGAGAUGGUAUUUUCUGGGUUUAGAUUCAAGGAUUCUAGAACUUUAAGCAGUGCUUGAAGAUAAAGGAGGACAGAAAUUUUUCUGCUUCUUAAAAGCCUUCGUUGCAUAAAUGAAAAAGUAACUGCUUUGUCAGAGGGACAUGAUGGUCCUAGCUCAGGCAGGUAACUUGGAAUAAGCAAACUCUGGGUAAAUUUGCUUUGUCACUUCCUUACUCUGUGCCCUUCUAGUUUAGCUUCUCAGUUCAUACAGUAUAGGAUAUGUAUGCAGCAGUGGCUGACUUGAAGGGUCUUGUGAGAGAUUUGCUUCUAAUAUUGUUCGUGCAGUUUCAGAGACAAGCUUAUAGAUGUGUCAGAAGUGGUCUUCACAUCUUGAACGUGGUUUUAUUUUAAUUAGUGUCUGCUUUUACAUUUAUAAUGACUGGAUGUCCUGCUCAAAACCAGCUCCAGAAAGAGGUUGUUUUAGAAAUGAGGAAAAGCAGUGGUUCAGUUAUACCUGAGUCUGUCUGGCUAAUGUGAUUUGAGGUUUCACUCAAUGAUACAGGAUAACACACUCUCUGACUCAUGUUUAUACAGCAUAUAAAAUCCUGAAAACUACUCUCCCUCCAUUUUCAACGAAGUGUACUUCAAGAAUCUUUCAAAACAGAAACAAAAGGAAGUCAUGGAGAAGAAUGGAAACAACCACAAACUUCGUGUUUGUGUUGCUACUUGCAACCGUGCUGAUUAUUCAAAAUUAGCUCCCAUUAUGUUUGGUAUUAAGGCAGAACCACAGUUUUUUGAGCUUGAUGUCGUAGUGCUUGGUUCCCACCUGAUUGAUGAUUAUGGUAAUACCUAUCGUAUGAUUGAACAAGAUGACUUCGACAUCCAUACAAGAUUACACACCAUUGUGAGAGGGGAGGAUGAGGCAGCUAUGGUGGAGUCAGUGGGCCUUGCAUUAGUCAAGUUACCAGAUGUCCUCAACCGCCUGAAACCUGACAUAAUGAUAGUUCACGGGGACAGAUUCGACGCUCUGGCCCUGGCCACAUCUGCAGCCCUGAUGAACAUUCGCAUCCUGCACAUCGAGGGUGGGGAGGUCAGUGGGACCAUCGAUGACUCCAUCAGACAUGCCAUAACCAAGCUGGCCCAUUACCACGUGUGCUGCACGAGGAGUGCAGAGCAGCAUUUGAUAGCCAUGUGUGAAGACCACGACCGCAUCCUUUUGGCGGGCUGUCCCUCGUAUGACAAGCUUCUCUCUGCCAAAAACAAGGACUACAUGAGUAUUAUACGCGUGUGGCUAGGUGAAGAUGUCAAAACUAGAGAUUAUAUAGUUGCUCUGCAACAUCCUGUAACCACAGAUAUUAAACAUUCCAUAAAGAUGUUUGAGCUGACACUAGAUGCACUCAUCUCCUUCAACAAGAGAACACUUGUUCUGUUCCCUAAUGUGGAUGCAGGAAGCAAAGAGAUGGUUCGCGUGAUGAGGAAGAAGGGCAUCGAACAUCAUCCCAAUUUUCGGGCAGUAAAGCAUGUCCCCUUUGACCAGUUCAUUCAGCUGGUUGCUCAUGCUGGUUGUAUGAUUGGUAACAGCAGCUGUGGUGUCAGAGAGGUGGGAGCGUUUGGUACACCUGUCAUUAACCUGGGGACACGUCAGACAGGAAGAGAAACAGGUGAAAAUGUUCUUCACGUUCGUGAUGCUGAUACACAGGAUAAGAUUCUGCAUGCUCUACAGCUUCAGUUUGGUAAGCAAUAUCCAUGCUCAAAAAUAUAUGGAGAUGGUAAUGCUGUUCCAAGGAUCUUGAAGUUCCUUAAAUCUAUUGACCUCAAAGAACCGUUGCAAAAGAAAUUCUGUUUUCCUCCUGUCAAAGAUAAUAUCUCUCAGGAUAUUGACCAUAUUCUAGAGACACAGAGUGCUCUGGCUGUGGAUCUAGGUGGAACAAAUCUCCGAGUAGCAAUUGUCAGUAUGAAGGGUGAAAUAGUUAAGAAGUAUACCCAGCUGAACCCUAAAACCUAUGAAGACAGAAUGGAAUUAAUUCUAAAGAUGUGUGUAGAGGCUGCAUCAGAGGCAGUAAAUGUAAACUGCAGGAUUUUGGGAGUAGGUAUUUCCACAGGUGGACGUGUAAACCCCCGAGAAGGAAUUGUGCUUCACUCUACAAAACUCAUUCAGGAGUGGAGCUCUGUGGAUCUCAGAACUCCAAUAUCUGAUGCUCUUCACCUGCCAGUCUGGGUGGACAAUGAUGGAAACUGUGCUGCUCUAGCAGAGAGGAAAUUUGGUCAUGGAAAAGGAGUAGAAAAUUUUGUAACGCUCAUUACUGGUACAGGAAUCGGAGGUGGAAUCAUUCAUCAGCAUGAACUGAUCCAUGGCAGUUCUUUCUGUGCUGCUGAGCUUGGGCAUAUUGUCGUAUCUUUAGAUGGACCAGAGUGCCUGUGUGGUAGCCAAGGAUGUAUAGAAGCAUAUGCCUCAGGAAUAGCAUUACAGAGGGAAGCCAAGAAACUCCAUGAUGAUGAUCUGCUUUUAGUAGAAGGAAUGUCAAUGAAGAAGGAGGAGAUUGUUAGUGCUGCACAUCUUAUUCAAGCAGCUAAGCUUGGGAAUACAAAAGCAGAGAGCAUUCUCAGAACAGCUGGGACUGCAUUAGGCCUUGGAGUUGUGAACGUUCUACACACCGUGAACCCCUCUCUUGUGAUCCUCUCUGGAGUUCUAGCUAACCACUAUGUUAAUGCUGUCAAAGACGUGAUAAAUCGACAGGCUUUGUCCUCUGUUAAAACUGUAGAUGUGGUGGUCUCAAAUCUAGCAGAUCCUGCUCUUCUUGGAGCUGCUAGCCUGGUACUGGAUUAUACUACACGUAGAAUAUACUAGGUACCUGGAAUAAUCAUAGAAAUGGACUGUUCAGAUUCCUAAUGGGUGGAGGGAAUACUUUGCCCCAAAUUUUUCUUUGAUGAGAGCAGCUAAUGAAUCAGAGUAGUGUUCUGAGUAAUUAGUGACCACUUCAGCAUUUCCUAAUAGAAGUAUUAUCUUUUUGUAGUUUUCCUAAACUUCAUCUGACUUCAUAGGAAGUGAUGUGCAAUUCUGGUUUUUUUAAGCACUUCUGUUGGUAAGCCUAUACGUUACUUUUGAGUGUAGCUGAAUUAUUUGUAAGCAUCUCUUGAUGUAUGGUGGGGAUUAUGUGUAUGGUGUGUAAAAUUAUAGGUAACACUUGGGGAUCCAUAUCUCAUUUCCCACCUAUGUGAAAUGAGACGUUUAUUAGCUUUUCAGGCUUCCACCCACAAAGUGAAUGUGAUGUAAUCACCAAUAGCAGGUAGUAAUUUCAGUGGGUGGAAACAAGGGAAGCAGCCUAUACAAUAAAAAAAGGCUACACCUCGAAAUUGUGGUUCAUGAUGGACUUGGUAGAGGCAACCAAGUUUUUUUUACAUCAUCUCUAAAGGGCAGCGUCCCAUUUUAGAAGCUUUGCAUAUGAAGGAAAAAGACAACAGUCUAGUUAGCAUACAGCCUGCAGAGCAGUGCAAACAAACUCAUAAGUUAGCAUCUUUGUCUUCUGGCUAUGGCCAACAGUUAAUUGUUUGAAUUUUAUUCUUUGGGGAUUUCUCAAGGGACUUAAUCUACUACUUGGUCUGCCAAAUUAGCACAGAGGGGGGACUGCUUAUUCUUUGGUAGCAAGUUAGCUGAAAUUCAGCCACGUGGCACAUCUGAAGAUAAAGACUACCUUUCGGGAAAACUCUUCCACUGCAGAGUGACAGGGUGUAUCCCUUCACCCAUUCAGGUGGCUGCAGGUACACUGUUCUUGUCCUGCAUUCACCAUCAGCUUUUAGGAUGAAAAGUCAAAUCUGACCCUCAUCCUCACCCUCAGGCCUGGGAAGAAAGUAUGUCAAAUACCAAUGAAGACUUGCCUAAGUAAACUGUGUUUUAUAUUUCUUUAACUAGUCCUUUGUGAUAUAUAGAUCCAGCUAGUUUUUUAGCACACUUUCAAAAUACUGGAGAAACUGAAAAACCAACCUGUCUCUCAGAAAGACAGCUGUGGAGGAACAGUCAUAAGACUGCCCUCUGUCCUGCAUUUAAUGGCCUGUUUUGACACCUAACUCAACCACUGAUAUUCUCAGAAGUCCAAUAAUGUGUUAGUACAUGGGAAUAUGCAACCGGUCAUGCCUUUUGCAACCGGACAUGCACAUCUUGUAUUGGCCUUUUUAGCCACCAACACGCUUGCAACAAACGUGGGUAGAGCCCUUCCCAAAUCUUCAUUCGCGAAGCCCAGCCGUGAUGAUGACAUGGGAAUAAAAGGGGCUAUUUCCACACUUGAAAUUCUUCUCCAGCCGAAAUGAAACAACCUUCUGCAACCAUUACCCGCUGCUAUACAAUUAUCUUGGACUGAAUAGCUCUUAGUAUACUGGUUAAUUCUGCAAUGUUAUCUGUACGGAUUGUCUUCACUUCAUCCUCUCUUCCACAAGGAAUGCUUACUGAGAACUCGCAUCUUCAGAGCAGAUUGCAGAACCACCACCACCUUCCUGAUGUCUAGGAACAAUUGUGCAGCCUCUAUACCAUAGUUUUUCUCAAAAUCAGCAAAUAUUGGUUCUUAACUAUUUUCAAUGUUUUAGUAGGCUUUAUGUCACCAGGGAUUUUUAGUUCCUUUUCUUACAUGUCUUGGUUUACUUAGUGAUUCUCACUAACUUCAAUACCAUUAAGUCUGUCAGCAUUUCUCUACAGUGAGAGUAGCUCAGAUCAGGAGUAACAGCACUGAGGUUCUGACAGUGAGGAGGCCUGUCAUUUGAUCUUUCCAUCCUCUAGCAUCACAAGGGAUACCUGGGUGGACUGCCUUGCUACAAGUGGGACCAGGCUUUUGCUUUCCAGACCCUCUGAAGCUCUGUAUUUUUGAUAUCUCAAACUCCAGAUGUUUUUCCCUAGCAGCUGAAGGGAGGGUGCAGGCACAGAAAAAACACAAGAGAAUAAAACUCAUUGGAAAAGUUUUACUCUAAACACCUUUAACAUCUAUUCCUGUUAAAAAAACAGUUCUUAAAAUGCUUUUGAAAAUGUUUUUUCUGUCAACUGGCUGAGAACCUGCUGCAUAUGUACACACGGUGCAGAAGUCCUUGCAGUUUCUCCCUAAGAAGUUUGUGUGUUUAUAAAAUCAGAAAGAAUAAAAAAUCAUAUUUAAUAGCAUAA